AAAAAUUAUACCUACGCAAUUAAAUUAAAUAUUUGUUAUUUUAAUGUGUGUUUGUUUUUUUUUUACAUAUUUUUGUUGAAAAAAAUUGAAAAUGUCAAAGGAAAUAGAUUCUCUUGAUUUGGAAUUUCAGUACUAUUGUUCUCUGUUGGAAGAAUUAGUUCGUUUGCUUCCAAAUCGAUGUCAGCAAUUCAUAGCUAACAAAUGGAAUCACAAGCUCACCGAUCCCAUUUACAAUGCAGAACCCUUGCGGGAAAAGAGGAAUCACUAUCUGCUGAUGCUAACUAUUUGUUUGAAUUUGAGAGAAUUGAAACACCCGUUCGAUCGUCCUCCUCCAAGUGGAGUUCUAGAAGAAUUGCAUUCUAUUCAGAAUCCAAACCAAAUUAAAUCAAAUAACAAUGCUAUUUGUCAAAAUGAAAAUCCUUCAAAAGCAUGUGAUAUCCACGAACUCGGUUGUCCCACUGAUGAAGAUAACAUUUCGAAGGUUUUAGAUGAACAGUUCACAUUUCUAAUGAAUUUAGCCAAGCCAAAUGUUGAGAAAUUGUUCAAUUUAUCCGACCGUCACAGAGGACGUGAUUGGAUUAAUUUUCUUUCAUCAAUUGAUACCAAGUGUUUUCAUAUGAAAGGAGUUCGUAAUGACUAUGCUAUGCUUUUGUCUGGAUAUCUUUUGAAUGAUGAACUUUUGGGACCUUUUUUACAAGCACCUAUUCAAAAACUUGUUCCUUUGGGGGAUUUAGUUAAAAUUGUCGAUAUGAAUAAUCACAUGAUAAAUGAUCCGUCUCAUCCGAGAGCGAUGAGGUUUUUGAAAGAUGUCCCACAUCCUACGGAAGGAGCAUUCGCUUUUCUUGCUGUGACGGGUAAUAUUGUUGAUUGAGUAAAUGUAAAGCAAGCAAACUUUUAAAUAUAAAAUGAUUUACAAUUUUGGUAGACGAGUGUCAUUCAUAUUAAACAUAUUGAUAUUUUUCUUCAGGA